AAAGGUUUAGGAAAAGGAGGAGCCAAGCGUCACAGGAAAGUUCUCCGUGAUAACAUCCAAGGUAUUACCAAGCCAGCUAUUAGACGUCUAGCUCGACGAGGUGGUGUCAAACGUAUCUCCGGCCUUAUCUACGAAGAAACCAGAGGUGUAUUGAAAGUCUUCUUAGAAAGUUUA